GAAGCCAGUUUUUAUUAGUGGUACAUAUUCAAUUUUCUCCCUCUCCUCCCUUUAUUUUUGCUGGAGCCGACAAGGGCAGAGGCGAGGCAAGGCAAGGCAAGGAGGGAGAGAGGCGGCCUCCGGCCAUGGAUCCCCUCAUAAAGCUCCUUGACGACGACGUGGACGAGACCAUGCACUCGGGCGCCGACGUCGAGGCCUUCACGGCGGCGCUCAACCGCGAGGUGGAGGGCAGCGGCGGCGCGAGCACCAGCGCCGCGGCCUCCUCCUCCCAGCCGCUGGAUCACGGCGCCGGUCUUGUGCCUCAGGAGAGCAAUUCAAUGUUCACCCACAAUCAUGAACAGUGGCAGGGUUCAGUAAAGAAUGAAAUUGGAAACCAGGAGAACCAACAACAGGAACAGAAACAUUUGCAUCAUUCAAAUGAGCAGCCAUCUAGGCCUGAACUGGUAUCUGGGGGUGCUGAUAAUAAACAAGACCAGCCAAAGGUUAAGCAAGAGCCAGGAAACAGUUCUCAACAAAGUAAUUCUGGUCAGAAGCAGCCUUUGCAACAGAUGAGGAGUCAACAAACACCAAGCACAAAUCAAACUAAUAGUGCUCCUACGGUGGGGAAACCUCCUGUUGUUACAUUUCAUAUGUUAAUACCAAUUUUGAGACGGCACCUUGACAAAGACAAGGAUAUGCAAGUUCAGUCCAUUUUUACAAAGUUGCGGAAAAAUGAAGUUAGCAAGGAACACUUUCUCAAAGUUGUAAGGACUAUUGUUGGCGAUAAGUUGCUCAAACAAGCUGCUGCACAAUAUCAAGCUCAGGCUGCUCAUGGGCAACGGAAUCCACAGACAAAUCCAAGCAACUAUUCUUUGUUAAGUCAAGUUUCCAAUCAGCAGAAUGUUCCCAGUGGUUCUACGUCAGGAGUUGAGCACAAAUCAUAUCCGUCAGCUCAUUCCAUUCCUGCAAACCAAGCUAGUGACAGCCCAAGACCACCUUUUUUCCGACCUUCUUUGUCAGGCCAAAUGCAAAGUAACAUGGGCUAUCCAUCUUCAGAAAGCAAUUUGCAAAAGGUUAAUGAAUCUAGUAACAUGUCAGAUGUGAAAGGGGGGCAUAUGCUCAGCCAUCCACACAAUAUACAAUCAGCCCCAGGGCAAGCAACACAGCAUCCACAAACAUCUUUACCUGUGCUUGGGUCAAAUAAUAUUCAUGCUCGUCCAUUGCCACGACCAGUUGGAGGUCCAAUUGUACCACUUAGACCACAAAUGGCAGAUUCCAGUCAAAGAGGACAAUUAGUCCAGGGAGCUGUUACCUCAGUGACUGGGAGCAUGGCAGCACGACCAACGUUGCAAACUAAUAUAUCUCCAUGGCAACAAGUAAACAAAGAGCAGAAAACUAAAUCUUUCCCUCCAACAGAACACACAAAUAAGGGUGUUGGUGUUCCUGAAAACCAACCAUCAACAUCAGGUACUUCUAAAUCUUUCAACACAACAAACUCAAGUCAGCCUCAUCGAUCUCAUGGCACUCAAGCAGAACCAAACAUGCAGAUCCAACCUGCUACACAAACACCUCCCCCUGCAGCAGCUUCUAAAACACCUCAAAAGAAGGCAUCUGCUGGACAGAAGAAACCUUUGGACGCUUUAGGCUCAUCCCCUCCACCAUCUAGCAAAAAGCAGAAGACAUCCGGAGGUUAUCAUGAUCAAAGUAUUGACCAGCUGAAUGAUGUUACUGCAGUUAGUGGUGUUAAUCUGAGGGAAGAAGAGGAGCAACUUUUCUCUGCUCCAAAGGAGGAGAGUCGAGUUUCAGAAGCUGCUCGGAUGGUCGUACAACUUGAAGAAGAAAAACUCAUCCUACAAAAGGGUCCUCUGAAAAAAAAAUUAGCAGAGAUCAUGAGGAAAUGCAAUUUGAAGAGCAUAGGCAGUGACGUGGAGCGAUGUCUAUCGAUGUGUGUUGAAGAGCGGUUACGAGGAUUCAUAAGCAAUACAAUAAGACUUUCAAAACAGAGGGUUGAUCUUGAAAAAUCAAGACAUCGAAUUUAUCCUUUGUCUUCAGAUGUUCGUAGUCACAUUUUGAGGGUGAACAGAGAAGCUAGAGAACAGUGGGACAAAAAGCUGGCCGAAGAUGCUGAAAGAAUCAGGAAACAGAGUGAUGGAGAUGACAAUGCUGUGGUUGAUUCAGAGAAGGACAAGAAUGAGAGUCGUAGCACAUCAAAGCAUGCUAAGACCUAUAAGGCGGAAGAUGAUAAAACGAGAACAACAGCUGCAAAUGCUGCUGCACGAGUUGCAGCAGGCGGAGAUGACAUGCUUUCAAGGUGGCAGUUCAUGGCUGAAAAAAAGAAGAGCAAAUGUGAUGGUGAUGGUUCUUCUGGUUCCAUGCCAGGCAACAUGUUGCCUCGUACGUCUUCACCGAAACCUGGAAAAGGUUCAAGAGAACAACAGGAAAUUGAAAAGACAGGUGGUGUUAGAAGAUCAUCACACGUAAAAGUGACCCGGAGCAUUACGGUGAAGGAUGUGAUCGCAGCACUUGAGAGGGAACCUCAGAUGUUGAAAUCCUCUUUGCUGUUCCAGCUAUAUGGGAGAUCACCAGCAGAAUCAUCUGCGAAAUAGUUGCAGUAUAACCAUUGCAUUUCGAGUUGCAGUGUUCAAUUUUGGUUGUGCUCUUGGGGGCAUUGUAUUGAGUAGAAUGGUUGAUAGAAGAUGAGUCUAAUACCAAGCGAUGGGUUUGAUUGGUUGAUAAAUCAUUUUUGCAGGAUUUAACAAUCACUAGUGAACCGACAUCAUCAGCCAUUUUUUUUAACGAGAAUAGUGUGCAUAUGUGUUCUUUUAUCUCAUGAAUAAUAUUGUAAUCGCUUCCUAUGUCAGGCAUGAUAUAAUAAACAGCAUCAAGCUCAUUAUGUAGAGCUGAUACCUGAUUGUGUAGUUAGCUCUUUUUUUCCACUAAGAUAAUUGAAUUACUCUCAUGUA